ACUAGCGAACCACUAGAUAAGUUGUACCUAGAUGUUGUUAACAAGCAAGGAGAGAAUAUAAAGGUGUCAGCUUUGCAUAAGGGAUUUGCAGAACCAAUAAAUUUUAUCACAUAUAAACCUCCUCCUGCUAUAAAAUCCAAUGUGAAACUAGCUGACCACGAAAAGAAUGAUCUGGAAAAUGCUGCUAUUGAAGAGUGGCUGGAUAGAAUGGUAACGAUAGAAGAUGACCUUCAUCAUCUUUUAAAAAUGUCGCAUCAUAGGUUUUGGUCCCAAGUGGUGUUUGAUGAGACUUUGAGAAACUGUCUUGGAUCCUACUUAGCUUAUGCUCCAAGGUAUUAUGAUCUAGAUGACUUUAUGGUGACUGAGGAAAUGAAACAGGCCUUUCAGCGGGUCCACAGGUUGGUCUUUAUGGUGUACCUACGUAUGUCUACGUACAAAGAGACCAAGUCUGCUCAUAUUACGCCAAAAGAGUUUGGUACGAUAAUUUACGAUCACUACCUUUUUGAUAUUCCAAAACUGAUGGAUCUCGCAGUACUCUACUCUCCAGGUAAUCAAGCUCUUCUACAUAAAAUGGUGGAAAAUAUUUUUACAACACAAAGAUCAUAUGAAAAUGACCUCUCAGAAGCUGUUCCGACAAUUUUGGAGGUUAUAUCAUAUGUUGAUGAAGUGAAUGCCAGUUUUAAACGAUGUGAGCUAAAACUAAAGUACAUCUUAGAUAGGUUAGCGAGCUUUUAUGAAAGAGUAUUCUGUCCUUUGCAAGAAGAACUGAUUGUUAGAGUCAAAAUUGAAGAAAGUACCAAUCUCGUAAAGGAAGUUAGAAAAAGGAUCUUCUUGGCUAAAUCUUGUGUAAUAAAAAUGUUUCGGAAUAUCCUGGUUUACAGCUGUAUUCAACCUAUAAUUGAGUCAAGCUCUAAUAAACAAAGUGAAGAAGUUCCAUUCUUAGAGGACUUACUACAGGUCUUAAGUACUUGUCUUUCCGAGAAAAGGUUUAUCUGUGAUUAUCAGGAGAUGUUUCCAUUUGAAGAUGAUUUAGACAUGCUCUCUCAGACAAACUUCAGCCUCGACUCUACUCGAACAGAGUACAUUUUGAACAGUAUCUAUGCUUCGUAUGAACUUAUAGGGCAGAGCUCUGAGAGAAAAGAAAUUUCAUUAAAUGUGCCUCCUGCUGGGAACAAAGAUCACAAUUUCAUAGAAGUUCAAGAUAAUGACACGGCAUGUUUGGAGAAUGGACUUCAGUAUUUAGAAGAAGCUUGUGGAGGGCCAAAUGUGGAGGGUAUUGAGCUGGAAUCAUUAAUAACUCAAGUUUUGGAUUUACUACCUGGAUUAGGACCAGGUUUUGUAGAGGAGUGCUUGAAAUAUUACAACUUUGAAGUAGAACUUGUGAUCAACUCUUUGUUAGAAGAUAGUCUACCAGAAUCACUGGCUUCCCUCGACAGAAACAUGGAGAGAAAGAAGGAACAACCUAAAAGACCAGCAGUAUUAGCCAAUAGAAAGUGUAUUUACGAUAAUGAUGAGUUUGAUAUUUAUUCUCAUGACACUGUAGACACUUCUAGAAUCCACAAAGGGAAAAGGGAAAGUAAACAUAACAACCUCAGGGCAUUAAUGGAUGAAAAGGAAGAGAUAGAAUCUCUGAGAAAGUUCUAUCAGAAAUAUGACAAUGUUGUAGAAGAGGAGAACUGGGAUCCAACUUUGUACGAUGAUGAAUAUGAUGACACAUAUGAUUCGACUGCGGUUGGUCCAGAUGCUCCAGUCACGGCCGAUGAACUCACACUCAGAAGGCCCUUCACAAUCCCAAGAGUAUUAGAAGACCCUGAAGAGAAAAAGAAACAGGUAAAGAGAUUCGAAGGUUUUCAAACCCUCUCAGAUGAAGAAGAAGAAAAGGAAAAUGAAGAACUCGUAAAACAGAAAGACGAAUUUGUUUCUGAUCCGGCGGAGCAAAGAGCUAAAGCACAACAGCGUUGGCAGGAGAGGCAUCAGCAUAGGCCCCCACAAAAUAGAAGUUAUAGGGGAAAACCCAGAGGUCAAGGUCAAGAAGAUCAGACUGUUCGUAACAGGAAUUUUAAAGAUCGUCACAAAGAUCGAUUGGCGAACCAUAAUCGUAGAGCCCAAUCUGAUAGAAAGAAAGGAAGAGGCAUGAUUCCAAUUUAGGUAUCAUAUUACUGAAUUAAAAGUGUAGACCAACAUCAUAACAUUCAAUAACUACAGCAUGUGGUGAAUCCAGUUCGAUACAGCUGUCAGACAGUCGGAGAUCUCUGUAUCUGUACGAGCAGGUUACACGAUUGGGGGGAGAUGGUAUUAUGUAAUACUAAAACUGGAAAUCACAUUUGUUGGGUCUUUCUUGACAGAAGUGGUUAAACAUUAAGGAACAUUUUAAUGAGGUUAAUUUGAUCUAUCUUGACAAGGGUAGUAUGUGAUAAAAAAUGGCUAAAAACUGAAAAUGAUAUGAAGUACAUUGUUAAUGAUGAGACGUUUCACUUCCCCCUUUUUUAACCAUUUUAAUUCUUCUAAUGUAAGGUUGUGCAAAGUGUACUGUUUUCAGGGAAGGGUUUUGUAAAGCUUAAUGGGCCAUUAAAAAGAAAAAUUUGCAGAUUCUUGUUUUACGACGUAAAUCAAUUAAGCUUAUUAAAACUAGAAAAUAAAUUUUUUCUGCUGUAAAUAUGGUUAAGGUUUUUUAUAAACCUGAAGAAUUAUUAAAAAAACCAUUUAAUGUUUCUUUCUUAACUUUUGUAUAUAAAGUACACGUGAUAAAUAAACCUUAUGGAACUGUGUAAAGUAGCUUUGCAUUACACAAGUUGUUUAAUUUUUCCGAAAUUUUAGUUUCUGUACUUGGUAUUACUAAACACCUAUUUUAUCAGCAUCCCAUGAGAAAAAAUUUUAGUUUGGUUCAAUAUUUCAAAAUCAAAACAUUUCUUAUAUUUGUUUGAGUUUUUUUUUUUUUAUAAAUGUACCUUUUGAGAAAGGCUUAAACACAACAACUCACUUCCAACACACUUGUUUCAUUUAAAUUUGUUUAUGAUGUGGUGUUGAGUAUUCUUUUCUUCUCUUUCAUUUGUUUUAUAUCUUUCCUUUUUUUUAUAGACUCCUAAACUAUAUUAAAAUUACAUAGUUUUUGCCACUUAUAUUCAUCCGAAAACUAAAUUUGAGAGAAAUUUUAAUCUGUGCAGUUCCUAGACACUGAUUUGUAGUUUUGUCAAAUGCUGUUAGAAUACGUGUUUGUUUCAAAGCUUCUAAGUGCAUGUAUUCUAUUGUUUUUGUUGUUAUAACAUCAAAAAAAUAUGUAGCAUCACUGUAAGAAAGUCUGUAAAGAAUGUUUUUAUUGUUCUAAGAAACCAAACUAAAAUUAUUUGUGUUGCAGUACAUCUGUUAAAGCCUACUCUUACGCUUCUGAAAACAUUUGUUAAAGUAUACUCCUUACGCUUCUGAAAACAUCUGUUAAAGUAUACUCCUUACGCUUCUGAAAACAUUUGUUAAAGUAUACUCCUUACGCUUCUGAAAACAUCUGUUAAAGUAUACUCCUUACGCUUCUGAAAACAUCUGUUAAAGUAUACUCUUACGCUUCUGAAAACAUCUGUUAAAGUAUACUCUUACGCUUCUGAAAACAUCUGUUAAAGUAUACUCUUACACUUCUGAAAACAACUGUUAAAGUAUACUCUUACACUUCUGAAAGUUCAUCUUUACUAUUCCAAACUUGGUGUAUAUGAAAUAUUUAAUGUUGAAAAAAAAUCUAUAUACAUGUGGUAUAGAGCCAUAUUUAAUACAGUCAUCUACAUUAUUUUGCAACAAAAUGUUCAAAGCGGUAGCUCAUCAGGCAUCUUAUAAAAUGUAAGUAUUGAUCACAUGUUCAUGUAGCUAUGAACAAGUUAUUAAUAUUACUGUAAGUAUUGAUCACAUGUUCAUGUAGCUAUGAACAAGUUAUUAAUAUUACUGUAAGUAUUGAUCACAUGUUCAUGUAGCUAUGAACAAGUUAUUAAUAUUACUGUAAGUAUUGAUCACAUGUUCAUGUAGCUAUGAACAAGUUAUCAAUAUAACUGAUGCAGUAUUCUGUUGAGAAGAGCCUCACUCUCCUUUUUGUUUCUGAAUAGAAGUUUUUUUUGUAUCAAAGAAUUGACUGUAUGUGUUGAACUACGUGUGUAGAUUAAGAUAUAUUUUGACCAGAGAGUAUGUAUAUUUUAUGCAAAGUAUAAUGAGAUAACAAUAAAAUUUUGAGUGAAAGUUA